UCUUAAUAAAAUGUGGCUUCAAAUGUGGGUGUUAGGAUCUCCUUUACUAUAUUUUUGUUUUUAUCACAAUAAGAUGGCUGAAAGCUCAAAAAGACGUGAGUUUAUUGUAUCAAACAAUAUUUUCCAAGUUUUGAAACCUUUCACUUAUAAUUUAUUUUUUCUUGUCAAAAACUGCAUUUCUGUAAUCAAAUUUGUAUAUUUUACUUAUAUGUGUCAGUAGGGAUGCAACAGAAUAACAUCAUUUGGCAGUAAUUGACUCCACCACCCACCCAAAUGGGAGGCUUCUGCAGAUACACAUCUUCACAGAUAAUUUCAUCCUGUCUUUUUUCCUCCAUAUGUAUUCAACUUUUCUCCUUUUUUUCUUACUAAACAUCUGUUUAUUUGUGAUUUAUAACUAUUCCCACCACUAGUAUAAAAUCUCCGUACUAGCAUUCAUAUAAAACCCAUUAAACUACAGUUUUUGGAGAAUUUUAAACUUUGGAUUUUCUUCAGUGAGAGUAACGUCAAUGAAAUCCAGAUUCCUCCCUGUGAGAUGAAAACAACUAUUCAGAGGGUCGGGGAGGUUAAUCGGGUAAAUGUUUUGAUUCCUUUAAAGGGUCCACCCAGAAUAUUUACCCGGCUGCCGAGCGUAUGGAAGCAACACAUCAAUCUGUCAAAGAGACGUUUCACAAAUAACUAGCUUUUAAAAGAUGCUCUUAUGCAACCCAGAGAAUAACUCCAGUCUAUGGCUUCUCACAUUUUCCAUUUCAAGGCAAAACAGGAAAGUUACCCAACUCUGCUUUUCACUUUGGCACUGAGGAACACAUCAUGCUCUGUGUCCUUCCUAAUUCUUUUAAUAACCGUUGCUACUUACUGGAGGAAGUCAGAUUUUUUUUUGAUGACUUUGUGUGUUUUUGGCAGGAACCUAAAAAUGGCUUACCUGCUCAUGUUUGUCACCCUGCUCCAUCUCAUCACACUGGCUAUGCUGUUCAUCGCAACCAUGGAGAAGUCCUGGUGGGUGUGGGACGGCAUGGAAAACUCCGACCUAUGGUACAACUGCAGGUUUGACAACUCCACAGAGACCUGGUUGUGCUCCACCACCAAAGAAACAGACUGGCUGCAGGCGGUUCAGGUCCUCAUGGUUCUCUCAGUGGUCUUCUCCUCAGUUUCCUUCUUGGUGUUUCUGGGCCAGUUGUUCACCAUGUCAAAGGGGGGACUUUUCUACUUCACUGGGCUGUGUCAGGUCUUUGCAGCUCUGACAGCUUUUUCUGCGGCUCUUAUCUACACUCUCCACAACAAGGAAAUCCUCCCGGACUCCAAACAACUGACCCCGGGACACUUCGGCUACUGCUUUAUCCUGGCCUGGCUGUGUGUUCCUCUGUUGCUGUGCAGUGGCAUCAUUUAUAUCCACCUGCGCAAGAAAGAAUGAUGAGAGAAAAAAUGAAACCGAUGCUGGAAAUAAAGAAACUAAAAUGAA